CCUUUGUUGAUGUGGCUGAAUCACAGAGCAUUAUUCCUUCGAGAAAUGAUCUGUCUUGAAGAAAGAGUCAGCAUGCAAUCAUGUGUAGAGUGUAAUGGUCCCAAUCCACAGUACAAGUGCCGGGACUGCUUGGGGUCAGAGCUUUAUUGCUCAACUUGUAUUUUGUCAGUCCAUAAAUGGAAUGAUCAAUACUUCGAGCCAAUUUCUCUGAAAGCCCUAGGCCUUCGCAUUCAGCUUGGUCAUGUCACUGGCCAGCAAUGUUUCAAUCCUCGCCAUGCUUUCAAUGAUGAUUUUGUCAUUAUUGACACCUUUGGUAUACACAAAGUGUCACUUGACUUCUGUGGUUGA